UUAUCUUUAGUAGGGCCAAUGUAGUAGAAUAUAUUAAAGUUAAACUCUAGAUUUAUAUCAUAUCUAAGAUUACAUAUCAGUGUAUUUAUACUAACAUAACAACGACAAUUAGACUUAAGAUAAUCCUUAAAUCCACUUGGUGGUUUUGAUAAAGAAUAUGGGCUAAAUUCGGGCUUUGAUUUUGAAAGUUCAAACCGGAUGUUUCCUGUCCUACACUCUGAUUGUCUUGACAGAAAUCGUCAGAGCAGCUGAGUCUCUCCUCCACACCGACAAGCAGUGAAAAGCUCGUUCCCAGUCAAAAACAAUGAGGGCGCACGACGCGCAACUCGCUCCAAGCCUCUCCACCAGCGGCGGAGUUUUCCCUCCCGGAGGAGUCGUAGCAUGCGUCUGUGCGCCAACCGGAGGGAGAAGGACCACAGGAAUAUAACUUGACCACGCACGGACUUUGUUAUUUCUUUUUUUGUUUGAAUCAUGCCUUUUUGCAAGCGGACGAUACUUCCAAAAGAUGUGUGCAAGCCCGACGGCAGACUGCUGCUGCUGGAGGCGCGUCCGCAGCACCAGCAGCGGCGGCGGCAGGCGGAGAUUUUCGGGGACUUGGCGGACGUGUGCGGCUUCACCCUGUGCUCGGUGCUCCGGCAGCUCUCGGAUCUGUCCCGCCACUCGGUGAGCAUCCUGGAGGAGCUGGAGGGAGAGCUGGUGUCCGUGUGCCACCGGUCCGGCGCGCUGGAGGGCAGAGUGGUCCGGCUGCAGAGGCACGUCGCAGAGCUGGUCAGCAAGCCUCCGCCGAGAGCCACAAGCGGUCUAGAGGCAGAGAGCGGCAGGCGCGGCGGCAGCAGCAGCAGCAGCCACGGCGACGGCACCCACAGCAGCAGCGGUGGCGGCGGAGGAGGAGGCAGCAGCAGCAGCAGCGGCGGCGGCGCGGCCCACUUCAGGUCUCCAUGGCAACAGAGCGUGAACGUGUUCGGCUCGUGGAGCAGGCCGGAGUGUGUCGAGGAGCUGCACCAGCAGGCGCAGCUCAACCUCCAGAGCCUGCUGCAAGACUUUGAGGAGCAGUUGUACGACACUAAACUGACCGGUCAGACUUUCCGGCAUCCGUCCUCGCAGAGCUCUGACGACACGUCCACCUCGCUCAGCCGAUCGCCCAUCUCCCUCAACAACAAGAGACCUGACUUCAUCUUCCUGCCGGCCUCCAAACAGCUCUACGAGGAUGAAACCACCUCCUCGGUGUUUGGCCUGAGGUCAGUGACUGACCCGUCUCCCUCCCCGUCCCCGUCCCCCUGCGGCUCAGAUCGCCCCCCUCUGGGCUGGAGCAGUAACAACAGCAGCAGCAGCACCACCACCACGUCCGCUAACGCCGGACCGCCUGUCGCAGAGAAACCCCGCUGGCACCUGGGGAGACGCACGCCGGCCCACUUCAUACCACUCGACAUCACAGGUGAAGGAGGAGGAGGAGGAGGAGUAGGAGGAGGAGGGAAAUUCCACGGUGUCGACCUCCUCCAGCACUCCCCGUCCCCAUCCCCCUCUCCAGGGGACCCCUUCCCCCACCAGCCCCACUCCCUGGAGCCCGUCACCAACACCCCACACCAGAACCUCCCCCUGAGGAAGACGCACUCCGACCUCGACGCGACCUUACCCGCAGAUAAUACUUUAGAGCAGCGAGCUCCAAACCUACUUCACCCAGGCACUAUGGACCACUCUGGGUUGCUGUGCUCAAACACACCCUCCUCUUCCUGGAACGGACCUAAGGGCUCCACCUUUUCUCCCGGGGCGUGGAACGAGCCUUACAACUACACCAUGAACAAGGGCCCGGCGGUUCCUCCCAAACAGCACAGCAUCAUCGGUAAUGCUGGGGGAGGGGCGCAGGACGGGGUGAUGUUGGUGGGCUCGGGACAGUCGGUGAGCUCGCACUCCAGUUCCUUCACGUCCGUGACGGACCCUUCGGGGAGAGGAGGGAGUAUGAUGCCGGGGAUUUCGCUGGCAGCGGCGAUGAUGGGGAAGCGGAGCGAGACGGAAGGGGCUGCAGCGGAUGGAGGGAGGGGAGGAGGAGGAGGAGGAGGAGGAGUUGGGGAGCCGGGGAGAGGGAGGGAGAGGUCUGCGCGGUCCAUAGCAGCACAGAACGCCUUCAAGUUCCGGGAGCGUUCUCUUUCCACGCCCACGGACUCUGGUUCCUUUUGCUUUACAGAAGGUGGUGUAGGUCAGCCGGACGGGAACAUCAUGUCUACAGGGAACGGCAGCACUAUGACGGACCACCAACAACAUCACCACCACUUCCUGGGUUUGAGUGAGAACUACGCCCUCCUCUACCCCAGAGGGAGCUCCGAAGACAGCGCCAGCACCACCGAUACAAUCUCCGUCACAGCUUCGGACUACAGCGCCGACGGCCGCUUGCGCCUUCGCUCCCGCUCCAUCUCGCUUAAGAAAUCUAAGCGCAAGCCUCCGCCUCCCGUGAGGAGCGUCUCCCUGAUGAAGAACCUGGGAGAGGCCGAGGGAAGAAUCCACCACGAAGGCACUCUUUACCGGGAUGGGCGGCCGAAGAGCCUGCACAUCCCCAGGGACCACUUCCCAGACUUCCAGCCUGAUUUCCUCCUGCCCAGCUCGUCCAGCUCCUCCAAACCCAGUGUUAGUGAGAGGGAACUGGGCCAUGGAGGCAGCGACGGACCUCCGAGCCUGGAGGUUCAGGCACCAGAGAGGGAGGGAGAGACAGAGCUGACCUUCCCCACUCACUGGCAGCUGGGGGAGUGGAAGAAUGACCCCUACAGGUCUCUAUCAGGAUCCAGCACAGCAACGGGUACCACAGUGAUUGAAUGUAUGAAAGUCAGAGGCAGCUCCGAGUCCCUCCUUGACUCUCCGUCCACCUCCAGAGCCACCUCGCCCUCGCAGCUCUCCAUGGAAACUGACAUCAAGGCAUCCUCACCCUUCAAACCCCCAGGACUAAUGUCCCCAUCAAGUGGCUACUCGAGCCAGUCGGAGACUCCCACCCCGACUGUGCCACUCAGUCAAGUGGCAGGUCAGGGGACACUAGGGACAGGGUGUAAGAUGCGCCCGAAGAUCCCAGAGAGAAAAUCAUCGCUACCGUCACCCAAGGACCCCGCCGCGAGGUCUAGAUUGUCCUUUGAGAUGCCUGGGAAUGCACAUCUGGAGCUGUCAUCAAUCAAGCCAAAGCAAAAGGCCAGCAGACGACAUUCUGACACCUCGACAGCGGCGAAACCAGGAAAAAUCAGCCCCAGCUCUUCACAGGCAUUACCUAUGGUUACCCAGAACGAGCUGAAGACAGUUCGUCUUCGCUCCGUCUCUCGCGGUGACCUGGAGGACUGCCCCGAUGGUGCGUCAGACACUAUUGAAGAAGAACAGCAUGGCCGCGACUUCGGCGAAGUCCCCAGCCCUCCGCCCACUCUACCAAAACCCAAACCACCUGUCGCCAUCAAGCCCCCCUUGCCCAAGCGGCCCAUUAACCUCCUCCUUAAGUCUCCUUCCCCAUCCUCCACUUCCCCACUUGCCCUCGACUCACCUCCUGCCUCACCCGUGGACCGGCCUGUGCCCCUGGGCAACAUCUACAAAGUCAUGAAAAAACCCAAACCGAAAAAACCUCCACCGCAAACUUCAACAAGUCUGUCAGGUCUCCCAGAUUCAAAUUCCACCACCAUCCCACAAACUGCCUACGAUCAUCCAUUCCUCCCCCACUCCCAGUCUCUCUUUGAUCUCCCGCCUCUCCCGGACCCCCAGCCUCUCCUGGAGGACCCAGCGUUAGAGCCUGAAUUUGAGGCCGACCCAGAGAUUCGGCUUGGGCCUGAGGACGGAGGCUCCCUCCCUUCUCCCUGCAGUUCCCAGGAGGCCCCGGAGCUCCAGGACAAGAGCAAGACACUCCCCUCAAGGAUGACAAUCUCCUGUCUGGCAGAGCUGUCAGACAAAAAGAAACCCAAGGUUCCACCCCCAGUCCCCAAGAAGCCAAAUGUUCUGCUUCUUCCCACGUCGGUCCACUCCUCCACUAAUGGCAGCACAGACCGACAGACGCCGCAGACCGACAGCCCCGUGGGCCUUCGGUCUCCCGUUGGAGCGUUCCCACCGGACGAUAUUCCGGGUGCACCAGAUAUGCCGGAGCAAGAUGAGAACCACUUUGGGACAGACGAGGAGAGUUCAAAAGAGUCGUCACUUCAGUCAUCUCUGCAGGAUUCCUCUCUCACAGAGCUGGAAGGGAAGGUGGCCAGCGCUACGAUUGGGGCAGAUGACUCCAAUGAGAAGACGGUGCUGCACAUCGCCGAGGAAACAGAUGACGACUUGUUGGCCAGCACACCUACGACACACACCACCGAAGACCUGUUCACUAUAAUACACAGGUCGAAGCGAAAGGUUCUGGGUCGUAAGGAGCCAUCCGACUCCUUCGGCAGCCGCCAGAGCUUGGUAUCCCCGGUGAAGCACAGCACCAGUGGUAGCGACAUCCGAAACCUGACCCUAGGCAGCAGUCAGAGGUCAAGCUCCCGCAACGAGAACUUCAUGGCCCUGCUUCAGAAGAAAGGCAGCAAGUCUUCCAGCGGAGGGGCCAGAGUUUCCGCCAUGGAGCUUCUCAAAAGCACAAACCCUCUGGCGCGACGGGUCACGGAGUUCUCAACCACCACAUCGUCGACCGCUGAGGGGGGAGAGGCAACGUCCGGGAACGGCAAACCCAACGAUCAAUGAACGGAAGUAUCGUUAACAGUAUCAUUAACCAGGUACCGUUUGCUGUCGACAAAGCUACCAACCAAUUCUACAAUGCGCCACCCACUGCAGAUGGGGCCUUCUGACUAACGUGUCCAACCAGAUCGCUCCAACUACUGAUUGACCAUUUGCACUGUCCAAUCAAAUUGGAGCACACUUUUGGACAAAAUGGUCCCUCCCAUGGUUGGAGCGCAAUUGUUCCCUGUCCCUCUAGGAAAGCGAGAAAGCUGUGGAGAACAAAAGGUUGUUCUCACUAUAUUUUCAACGAAAGGUGGAGGCUUUGAGGUCAUGCCUCAACACUGCACCAUGUUUUCCUCAUUGGGAAUGUUUUCAGUAGGGGAGGCUGGAUGUACUGAUGGAUGGGUGGAGCAGACGCCGGGGAAUAUGAAGUUGUACCGUGGAUAUCUUUACUCUUAGCUCCAUCUGGAUGACGACAACAAAAGUCCCUGAUGAUGACAAUGGCUAACGUGUCUGAAUCUGUAAUCAAUUACACUGAUCCGCUAGUAGGAUGGCCCAGAAGAUCAGUAAUCAAAUGAAUCCAAGAAACACACGGAAUAAGAUACAGAAGACGUGAGACUUUCAAAUGAUUCGUCUACGAAGCAAAACCCUCCAUGCCAGUAGCACUACAGCACCGACACCUGUAGACCUAUGAAAUGAAGGGUAAAUCAUUACCGGUGUGACGGGGCACCCGAGAGAGCAAAUACUCCUAAAAACCUCGGACACCGCGGCUCUGUCUUCUCUCUAUGGUAAAUGCGGUGCAACGGCAGGCAUCAGCACUGUCAUUUCCGAUAGACAGAACUCUCCGUUUUGAGCAGACGAAGUGGAGGGGGUUUACGAAGAGAAACCACACGGGGGGGGGGAGGCUUUUUGCCACCAAAGACGAGGGGAGGCAUGAGCAUGUCACAGUUUUCGUUGCUCGUUCUAGGAACACAAAACAUUCCACGGAGGCAACCCGGCAAAUGGACAACAUUUCGGAACACAAGCACUUUUUUUUCCCGUUGUUGUUGGACGUCGUUUACACGGUGGUCGCUGCGUUUUGUUCUUGAGGAACUCGUCAAUCUUUUCUCUUUUUUUUUUGCAUAUAUUUUUUCCAACACAUGCUAGGUGGCCAUAUUCUGUACAUGUUCAGUUGGAUUGUGCUGUAUGUAUCAUGUACAAAGAUAAAUGUUGCGCAUCUAUCCACGACGAUCAUUUGCAGGCAAGACUAAAAAUAGUGUACAGAGCAGCAAACAGCUUGGACUUCAAACUGCCCACGCCAUGGAGGGAAAACACACACGGAAAUACACACACACAAAGACUAAGGAGUAAUGCCAUGGAAGACAAGAAGCAGAGCAAACCUAUCUACACAAGCGUGUGUGUGUGUCCAUUUGAGUGUGUGCGCAGACGAAAUCAUGCCUGUGGAGUUUCUGUACGGAGAGUAUGAAGCAGGCCUGGUUAUUAAACAGGGUUUUUAUUCAUUUUGGUCUCUGGUGACGGGACCAAAGGACUGUUAAAAUCUACAAACAGACCAGAGGGGACCUAGUGGUGCAUAUGUGUGUGUUUGCACUUGUUGUGUUUUGUGUGUCCAUGUGUGUGUACAGAGGGGAAGUGCCAAGAACAAAUUAGGAAGAAGCGAGAGAGAGAAAGUGCAUGCAUGUGUCCUUCAUGUGUUUUGCAUUUUGUUGUGCGCAUCCUCACUAUAUGUGUGUGUGUGUGUGUGCAUGUGUGUGUGUUUGUGUGUUCGCAUCAUCACCCCGUACGCCCACCCCUCACCUGUCUUGGGAUAGGAUCACAAUGACCUAAGCUAGCCCCUCCCCGCUUCAUCCUCGCAUUAUGGAACCACAAAGGUUCGGGAACCCAACAGGUAAUCGGGAACCGGGAGGAUUCCAGAUUCAAGAGGAUUUGGGAACCAGUGGACGGCGGACGGCGGAAGCAAAAGCACGCCAGAAAACCCAAAGGAUUCGGGAAUGAUUGGCAGAGUUUGGGGAAAUCUGGAACGAGGGAGUCUUGAGACGUCAAGCCUCUCGGAGCUUCUGGCGAGAAAAGUUUGGGAGACCUGUUGGAAAUUCCCUCCCUGCGUCCGUCCGUCCGUCCGCAGUGUUGAGUGACAUUACAGGGUCGAAUAGUUUUUGUUUGUUUUGCACCUCCUCCGUGCACAUCUCAUUGUCAUCUCAGAGGGGAGGUGGCUGUCUGCGCUGCCCUUCCUCCUCCUCCUCCUCCUCCUCCUCCUCCUUUGAUCACUGCUGGAGCACACACUCCAUCUGCCGUCUCUCCAUUUAGCAUCAUCGCUCUCUUACCUCCUCUACUGGCACAUAGCACACACUCUCUUGCUCUUUCUUCGCCUAUAUACACGCAAACCUCUCUCUGUUUUUGCACGUAGCACCACCUCUUUAUCCCCUCAACGCUCCCUUCCUCUUUUAACCUUCUCUCCAUCCUCUCCUUGACCCACUCCCAUUUUCCCGUUAACCUUCCCUCGUCUCUCCCGUCUCUUUGCUCUCUCCUCCUCUUCCUCUUCACCUCCUCUCUGCAUUCAGUCUAUGCAUCUGAGCUCGGCAGACGACGCGACACCGGAUGAAUGUCAAUGAAUGACUGUUAAGAAAAUAGACGCUGUGCUUAGCUUGAGAGUGCAUAAACAUCUUUCUAUCAGCGCUUAUCUUCUGCCUUCUCUCUUUCUUGCUCAUUGAGUUUUUAUACUUUUUUCUUUACCUUCCUUUACAGUAUCCAUGUAAGAUGGGAUGAACAUGGAUGAAUGAAUGCAUGAAUGAAUGAGUGGAUAGGAUCUGUGCACAAACACAGAAACAGACAGGGGUUUGAAUGUGUUUUUGCAUAAAGGACCUUGACUUUUGGACUGUGAACGAAACACCCUGUGGAUUUUAUUUUUGAUCCUGGACCGACCCUCGGUCCUGGAUCACAGUGUGGACGGUCCGAUCAUUCUGGAUUAAAGACUGGUUCAGCUCUAACACCUGACUUACCCCCCCCCCCCCGACCCCCUGCAUGAACUGGACCAUGUAGAAGGGAGGAGGGAACCUUUCAUCUCCUGAAUCCAAGGCGGCAAACUAUCCCUCGGUGCUAUUGAGUCAGAGCUCCCCCUAGUGGACGGAAAUACACACAACAACAGUAGAGUAAAAAAAAAACAAAAACAAAACAAAAAACAAAAAAACUCCGUCACACACAUCCUACAACAGUCCUUCAGGUAUUCCAUCAUCCUGAAAAAAAAAAAAGAUGAAAAUUUUAAAAAUGCAUAAAUUAUCACCAUUUAUGAUGACUAGUCAAGUGACGCUUGUUUUAAAUAUUUAGUGAAUGAAAAAAGAUAAACCUAUAAAACUCUGUGUUUGUUUGCCUUGUAUACUGAAUUAUGGGCGUGUUGCUGCAGCGCCUAGUGUGUUUUGUUUUUGUUUUGUUUUAUUUGUUUUUAUUUUAUAAUAAUUAUUUUUUUAUUUCAGCUGCCUUUAGUAGUACACACACAAACACAACCUUUGCUAAAUCAGGCCCAAAUAACAAGUAAAAGUAUAAAAGGGAGCAUUUGUGUUUGAUCUGAAUAGUUGCCCAAAUUAGCAUUUUUAUGCAGGUAUGCAGAGUAGUGAUAUUUUUCCCUCAGAGCAAUCGUAUAUCUGAGAUCAUAUAGGUGGGAAAGGAUGGGAUGGGAAGAAGAGAGAAGAGAUUUGUUGUUUCCACACAAUAACGACAGGGAAUAAAAAUAGUGUGCUAUCAGAGAUGAUGCUUCAGUUUUCAGAGUGUUCAGGAUCAACAAACAAUAGUGUAGCUUUUAUUUCAUCCUAUGUAGACGGAUGGCAGAUAUCUUCAACAGAGCACAUUUGGUUUGACAGGUCUUUUAACGGGACGGUAAUCAGAGGUACAGAUAAACAAAGAAACAUAUGGGUACACUGGUGAAAAGGUUUGCUAUUCCUUUUUGUAGGGGUGCAAGUAUUUCUUUUUUGCAGUUUUUACAAAUGUUUCCUCAGACACCGAGUGGCCACGGAGGCAGAAAUAAUCACAUCGGUUGGUUAGUUGUUAAUGGGCGGAGCCAAAGAGCCGUACUGCCAACUUGGUGCCAUAUUUUUGCAACUUCUUAGUCGUCCUCAAAGGCAACUAGCAACAAAUUUACAACAGGAGCAAUAUGUUAUCAAUCAUUUCUUCCCAUUUAUAACGUGGGAAAAAAAAUCUGGUUCCUUAGCCCCACCCAUUUGAGGGUUAAACAGCCAGUGAGAUUAUUUCUGCAACCAGAGCAACUUUGCCUCCAAGAAAUUUCUGCAGAACUAUAUUACCAAUCUCUAAAAUAUGCUGACAAUAUAUUAUAUUGAAAAUGACGUUUCUAUAAAGAGGAAAGAGAGCUGACAAGAGGAAUAUAUUGAAUAUUUAAUCCAUUAUCCCGUCGUCAGGAGGACAAGCAGGGAAGAGAGGAAGGAGGGGAAAUGAGGUUGCGGAGCAGAGGUUUGAUUCUGCUGAAUUUGGGGAUUACCACGCCGAAGUUUAUAUGUAUUCCAUCAUCUUUUCCUUCACCUCCUCUCUCCCCUCUCCUCGGCUGCCGUGUGACUCAGAGGAGUAAUCACGUUAAAAGCUUUUCCCUCUCUCUCUCUCACUCACUCUCUCGUUUUCUUCUCCGCUAAGUGAUAAAAGGUAUGGGAAAGCAAGAAAGACUUGAGCGCUGCAAUCACUCGUUAAUUAAUUUGGUUUAAUUUUACAGUCGGUCUCCGCAGAUACGGAGCGGCCAAAUAGCAACCUGUUGCUAAGGGACUCAAAUAAAAGUUGGCCGUGUGGAAAAAGGUAAAAAAGUGAAGUUGGAGACUUGGCAGGGAUGAUUUUUCCCUUUAAAACCAACAUAAAGAUCACGGUUUAUCUGAAUGAGAUAAACAAAGCCGAGUUUGUGUGAACAGCGUGUUUACGGUAAUUUGUAACAUAUAUUGAAUAGAGCUACUACAGCGAGACCAGAUGCCAGACCAGCGUAAGCAAAUCAAACAUCCCCUCAGGCUUAAAUCUUCAAAACAACAAAUUCAACCACAAGCCAUCGCAGUAUUUGCAAAAGAUUUACAAAUAUAAACUACUACACAAGUUAAAGCUGUAGAGAAAUCUACCACAAUGGGCACAAAAGCUUUAAAACAAAUGCAAUAGUCCAGCAGAUAACUGAACCGAGAACUUCACUUUUAAAAAGUGAAGUUGUGAGGUUAUAAUUGUAAUAAAUUCACACCUUCACUGUGGAACAGUUAUCUGCUGUUUCCGAGUACGAAAUUUAAAAAAUCUGAAUCUGAAACAUGUAAAACAAAAGUUCACGGUACGAAAUAAGAGUUGACAAACCUGACAGGUCCUGACAAAAGUGUCAGAUUUCGGUGCCUCAAGCUUUUCGUCUUGGUUGCUGAAGUGUUUAAUUAGCCUGACGAUAUGAUGGUCUGAAAAUGAAGGAAAACUUUGAGUGUCUCAAAUUUGGUUGGACUAGUCAGAUUCAGGCCUCAGUCUUAGGUCCAUGCAAGGUCCAUACAUAGCUUUGCUGUGAUUCCAAGGAUUAUUGGAUUAUUUUUUGCUGUGGCUCGACACAACGCAGCAGUUUUCACCUCAAAGUAAAAACUCAAAAAGCAAUAUAUCGUUCCAAUUUCAGCGAUUUAGUCACUUUAAUCCACAGAUGAAUCACAUAUCACAUAUGUAACAAUUGAUGGCUUUGUUGUUGCAUUUUAAAGAGAUAUGUCCCUUAAAAUUUUUGAAAGAGCGCAAUCUGUUUCCCAAUCUGUUUUGUUGCUAACUUUUCAAUUGUGUGGUCCAGCUUUAUGAGAGAGUGAAAGAGGGUGAAAAAGCGAUAGAGAGAGAGAGAGAGAGAGAGAGAGAGAAAGAGAUAGUGGCUGCAGAUUUGGGCCAAAGAGCAUCUUACUUCUUUUUAAGGAGUGCCAGAGGGGUGAGGUUUACUGUGUUUGUACAUUUCAGGGGUACUAUGGAGUCGGCAAGCAGCCCAUCUCAAAAAACUGAUGUCCUAUGGUGGUAAGCUCCACCCUCCUGCCACUCCAAGCAAAGUAAAACAAACCCCCCCCCCCCCCCCCCCCGAGCCCUAAUUUAAACCCCAGUGUUGGGGGCUGUGUACAGGCAGCGUAUUAAGACACAGAGAUGAUUAAUUAGAGAGACGCAGAGAAAGAGAGACAGACAGAGUUAUUGGAAUUAUUCUAUUUUUGUUAUUCCUCAUUGAAAAAGACAUAUUUAAAGGAAUAUUCCAUGUAUGUAUUGAAUAACCUCUGUUUCCCUGCCCCAUCCAAUGGUGUGAUCUGUAUCUGCGAGGUGGCGUCACACACACAAAAAACGCUUCCCUCCGCAGCUCUGCGAUGCCAAUGUGAUGAAAUUAUUAUAUCAUUAUAAAUAAAUUAUUUUUCUUGCUUAAAAAAAAAAAAAAAAAAAAGUGAAUGUUUGCUUUUGCAUCUUUUGUUUGUGCUGUCUCCCCUGAAUGUCUUCAAGGUUACUUUCUGAAUCGCUAUUAAUUUUUAUUAAAAAAAACAAACAAACAUGAAGUUUAGUUAGUGCAGAGUAUUACCCCUGUUGAAGCCUUACCUGUCUGAACCUUCAGCCACCUGGACCCGAGGCUCCAUCUGGUCGUGCGGACGCCAAAUCCAUGGAAGUCCAAGAGAGGACAGGGGAUUUCAGGGAAUGGUGCAUUCAAGAACCAAGCUAUAUACAAUACUGUAUGUGUAUGUUUUUAGUGGGAAAAAACCCCUUUAUAAACACUUUGCAUCUUUGUGUUUAUAUGUAGAGUCCCUUUUUAAUUUUAAGUAAGAGGGCUAGACUAAAUCAUGAGCACUGGAAGACUGUGACAGGGCUGUCCACAUACUUUUGGCCAUGCAGUGUGUAAUUAAAGUGAAUAGCUCAGA